GACGAUGAAACUGAGGAAUCCAAUGGUGACGUAGCUAUAUCCGACGACGAUGGUUCCGCAUUUGGAAAUAUUCCACACCUUGAAAGUGAAGGGAACAAUUCACAAUUUUCGGUGUUGUACGAAAAGGAAAACAUGCCAGAAUACAUUGCACCUCAGCGCAUUCUUAUUUGGCAACCAGCUGACAGUCCCACUGCCAAUAUCCCCUCUGUGUUCUACUUCUGUGAGCUUAUCGGCGAUGAGCAUUUACAGGUGGAUAUUCGCUACCUUUACGACAUGAUGUUCCUCUUGAGCAGGCACUAA